CGUUAAAUCCCCACGACCCGCUUCUCCUAAAAAAAAGCCAAUUAUCCGAAAGCGGGAGUGUCGUCACAGAAAAGCAACACUCAAUCAUAGCCGUUGAUCUUUCCCUUUAAAAAUAACAAAAACCAGAAUUUCUGAAUCGGUGUCGAAUCUCAGCCGUCCUUUCAAGGCGGUGGCUCCACCGUUGGAUCACCGAUCCCGCGGUUCUUCUCCCAGGCAGCAUUAUCAGGUGGUUCUCCAAUGUAGCAAUUUUCACUUUGUGUUCUACUCUACUUCAUAUCAAUCAAUGGUUGUUCCAAUGUGAAAAUCACGAAAGCAUUUGCAGUCGACUGGGUUGAUUAUGAUUGUUUUCCACACAUCAUUUUCUCUCCUUCAACUGCUGGCUUUUGAGUUAGGCGUCUGCUUGAGAGAAAAGCUCUCUGCUGCUGCCACCUCUGUCGCUGGCAUUGACCACUUCACCUCUUCCUCUCAUGUUCCCUGAUUUGAACCCUGUACAUAGACCGAUGGCACUAGGACCUCUUGGUGGUGAGUAUCAUGUUAAUGAGAGAAUGGAAAGAAAAUCUUCUGGGAAGAGACGUGUGUUUGUGCAGACAGAAACCGGCUGUGUUUUGGGUAUGGAGUUGGACAGGAGUGACAAUGCCCACACAGUGAAGAGGAAGUUACAGCUUGCCCUUAAUGUCCCAAUUGAGGAAAGUUCAUUGAUAUGUGGUGAUACAGUGUUGAAGAAUGAUCUCAGUGUUGUUAGAAACGAUUCUCCACUUCUUCUCACCAGGAACUUCUUGCACAGAAGCUCGUCUACCCCAUGUUUCUCACCCACUGGGAGGGAUCUUCAGCAGAGGGAUCAAAGUGGCCCAAUUGAGAUAUUGGGGUGCUCAAAUCAAUCUCCUAGAACGAAAGAUCUGGUCAAGGACAUUGCAAAGGCAAUAAAGAGUGGCAUUGAUCCAAUUCCUGUUCGUAGUGGGCUUGGAGGUGCUUAUUAUUUUAGAAAUUGCCUUGGUGAAAAUGUUGCUAUUGUGAAACCAACAGAUGAGGAACCUUAUGCCCCUAACAACCCAAAAGGUUUUGUAGGCAAAAUUCUUGGGCAACCAGGCCUGAAACGUACAGUGCGGGUAGGGGAGACAGGAUUUAGGGAAGUUGCAGCCUACCUUCUUGACCAUGAUCAUUUUGCCAAUGUGCCCUCUACUGCUCUUGUGAAGAUCACACAUCCAGUUUUUAAUGUCAAUGAUGGGGUAAAUGGUUAUAUUCAUCAAAGCAGGAAUCAGGUCAGCAAGAUUGCAUCACUGCAGCAGUUUAUUCCUCAUGACUUCGAUGCUAGUGAUCAUGGUACAUCUAGUUUCCCUGUUACUGCUGUGCAUAGGAUUGGGAUUUUAGAUAUCCGGAUUUUAAACACAGAUAGGCAUGCAGGAAACCUUUUGGUUAGGAAGCUUGAUGGGGUGGGGAGAUUCGGACAGGUGGAGCUUGUUCCCAUUGAUCAUGGCCUUUGCCUACCUGAAAGCUUGGAGGACCCCUACUUUGAGUGGAUCCAUUGGCCCCAGGCAUCAAUAUCUUUCUCAGAGGAUGAGCUUCAGUAUAUAGAUCAUCUUGACCCAUUUUGGGAUUCUGAUAUGCUUAGAAUGGAGCUGCCCAUGAUUCGAGAAGCAUGUCUUAGGGUCUUGGUUCUAUGCACAAUUUUCCUCAAGGAAGCCGCAGCUUUUGGUCUUUGUCUUGCUGAAAUUGGUGGGAUGAUGAGUAGGGAGUUUCGGGGCCAUGACGAGGAGCCAAGUGAGCUUGAGCUUAUAUGUAUAGAUGCAAGGACAUUGUUAGUGGAGAGGGAGAUAUCAACUUCUGAGGUGAAAGAAGGAGACAAGGAUGAGUUUCAAUUUGACUUAGAUUGUGAGGAAGAUGUGUUGGAAUUAACUUCAAAUGUGGAAGAGGAACCGACUGUUGAAACAGCUUUUCAUUUUGGACCAAAAGGUAGGAAUGGCCAUAAUCUACUUUAUAAGCUAGACGAGAGAGUUGAGGAGGAGGCGGCAGCGGAAGAUAAAGAAGGGGAUGAAUUACCUCUAAGAGGAGAUGAACAUGCUGGCCUUGUGCCGGACAGGAAUUUAAAUGUUUCAAAGCUGUCCUUGUCUAUGAAAAAUAUCAGCGUUGCUGAGAAGAGUUGGCGACACCCAGGUGCAUCUCAGAAGUGUGGGUAUUUGGUUGGUACAUCAUCUGGAAACAGGAGUGCGAAUGAGCAGUUUCCUGUGAGUAGCAGGUUUGUAAAGCUGGCAGAUAUGAGUGAAGAGGAGUGGAGGCAGUUUCUUGAGUAUUUCCAGAAGUUGCUGCGCCCAGCUUUUGAGAGUCAUAAAUCAGGAAAUGUAGGUCAGAGGCAGAGACGGAGGCUUGGGACUUCUUGCCAGUUUUGAGGCGUUAUCAUGAGAUCAAAUCUUAGAAAAAUGUGGAUCCAAAGGUUUGCACAUAGUUAUGUACAAAGAGCUUCUUCUCUAGAUGGUAGAGUACCCCAUUUAGGAGUUGGAGAAUAGUGCUAUAGUCAGACAAUAAAACUUGACAUUGGCUAAUGGAGGGGAGAAUGCAUUAGCUAAUGGGGAUGAAAAGUAUGUUUUCAUAUAGCUAGAGAAUGUUUUUAAUAAAAUGGAAUGUGGAAUGGCCAAAAAAGCCAAAACUAUCAAUGUACAUGUUUUCUUGCUAUCUUUAGAGAUGCAAAUUAUGUGAGCCAGCUUGUUUGUUUUUUCUUUCA